GGUGACAGACGUAGUUACGUGCAGAAUCUCGGGCCCGGUGCUCUGAUCGGAGCAGCGAUGGAUGUGAAGGAGCGCCGCCACCGCUCCCUGACCCGCAGCCGCUGCGGGAAGGAGCUGCACUAUGCCUCAUCACUGGACAGCGAGGACUGCCGGGUGCCUACCCAGAAGUCAUACAGCUCCAGCGAGACGCUCAAGGCCUACGACCAUGACUCCCGCCUGCACUACACAGGCUGUGUGACCGAGCUGGUCCACCGCGAGGUCAGCGAGUACUCCAGGCAAGGGAACUUCACGCUGGCGGAGCUGGGCGUGUGCGAGCCAUCGCCACGCCAGAGCGCGUACUGCCCGGACCUGGACCUGCUGCACCGCAGCUGCUCCCUCAGCGCCGGCUCCGACGCCGACUCCGACCCCGAGGGGGCCAUGACCCCGCAGCGCGCCAUCCAGCUGUGGAGCGGCCGCAGGAUCAAGUCCCGCCGCAGCUCCGGCCUCUCCAGCCACGAGAACUCCGCCCUCACGCUUACCGACUCUGACAACGACAAGUCGGACGAAGAGUCAGUGUAUCCUGAUGAUGAUGACGACGACGAUGAUCCGUACAGCAAACCUCCCCUCAGUCCUCCCAACCACCACAGCCAGUCGACCCUGCGGCCACCGUUGCCCCCGCCCCACAACCACCAGGUGGCGCUGUCCCACCACCAGUCCUCUGCCAACUCUCUGAACCGCAACACGCUGGCCAACCGCCGCAACCCCACCCACGCCCCAGUGGUGGCGCCCGGCGAAGGGCCCACCACGCCCGAGUCCGUGCAGCUCCAGGACAGCUGGGCCCUCAACAGCAGUGUGCCGCUGGAGACCAGGCACUUCCUGUUUAAGACAUCCUCAGGGACCACGCCCCUGUUCAGCAGCUCGUCGCCGGGAUACCCCCUCACGUCCGGGACGGUGUACUCGCCCCCGCCCCGCCUGCUCCCUCGCAGCACCUUCUCCAGGAGCGCCUUCAAGCUGAAGAAGCCCUCCAAGUACUGCACCUGGAAGUGCGCGGCCGUGUGCUCCAUCGCCGCCGCCGCCCUGCUGGCCAUCCUGCUGUCCUACUUCAUAGCCAUGAACCUGCUUGGACUCAACUGGCAGCUGCAGCCUGCAGGUGGUCACGUGAUCAGCAAUGGCCUCAGCACAGGGUUACCGGGCAACAGUGAUGUGGCAACAGUGCCGUCUGGAGGCAGAGGGCCGUGGGCGUUUCGGAACAGUAGCAUUGACACGGGCGAGCUGGAGGUGGGCCGGCGCUUCACCCAGGAGGUACCGCCAGGCGUCUUCUGGAGGACCCUGCUCCACCUGAGCCAGCCCCAGUUUCUCAAGUUCAACAUCUCCCUGGGCAAGGACGCACUCUUCGGGGUCUACAUCCGCAAGGGCCUGCCCCCAUCCCACGCACAGUAUGAUUACAUGGAGCGCCUGGAUGGAAAGGAGAAGUGGAGCGUUGUGGAGUCGCCAAGGGAACGCCGCAGCAUCCAGACAGUGGUCCUGAACGAGGCGGUCUUUGUGCAGUACCUGGACCCGGGCACAUGGCACCUGGCCUUCUACAAUGAUGGGAAGAACAGAGAGCCAGUGUCUUUCAGCACCGUGAUACUGGAUUCCGCGCAAGAAUGCCCCCGUAAUUGCCAUGGCAACGGCGAGUGCACGUCCGGCGCGUGCCACUGUUUCCCAGGGUUCCACGGCGUCGACUGCUCCAGAGCGGCCUGCCCUGUCUUGUGCAGCGGGAACGGUCAGUACGACAAGGGAGCCUGCAUCUGCUACAGCGGGUGGAAGGGCUCGGAGUGCGACGUUCCCGUCAGCCAGUGCAUCGACCCCCAGUGCGGGGGUCACGGGACCUGCUCUGGGGGCACCUGCACCUGCUCCCGGGGCUACAAGGGGGAGGUGUGCACAGAAGUUGACUGCCUGGACCCCAACUGCUCCGGCAACGGCAUCUGCGUGAAAGGGGAGUGUCAUUGUAAGCCGGGGUGGGCGGGGCCUCUUUGCGAUCUCCCGCGGGCCCAGUGCCCCGACCAGUGCCACGGCCACGGCGUCUUCGUCCCCGACACGGGGGCGUGCAGCUGCGACCCUAACUGGAUAGGCCCCGACUGCUCCACGGAGGUGUGCUCGGUGGACUGCGGCACGCACGGCGUGUGCGUGGGCGGGGCCUGCCGCUGCGAGGACAGCUGGACGGGCGCGGCGUGCGACCAGCGCAUCUGCAGCCCGCAGUGCGUCAAGCACGGCACCUGCAGGGACGGCAAGUGCGAGUGCCAGCAGGGCUGGAACGGAGAGCACUGCACCAUCGAUGGAUGCCCAAACCUGUGUAACGGGAAAGGCCAGUGCACCCUGGGUCAGAACAGCUGGCACUGCGAAUGCCAGAUCGGCUGGAGAGGGGCAGGCUGCAACGUCGCUAUGGAGACCUCCUGUGCCGAUAACAAGGACAAUGAAGGAGACGGACUCACGGACUGCAUGGACCCCGACUGCUGCAUCCAGAGCCCCUGUCAGACCAAUCCGCUGUGCAUUGGGUCACGUGACCCCCUGCAAGUCAUCCAGCAGAGCCAAUCACCCGCUCAGAAAGUGAGGUCGUUCUACGAGAGGGUGAAGAUACUGGCGGGCAAGGACAGCACGCACAUCAUCCCGGCAGAUAACCCUUUUAAUGCCAGCCUGGCAUCUCUGAUCCGAGGGCAGGUUCUGACCACCGACGGGACCCCCCUGGUGGGGGUCAACGUGUCCUUCGUCAAGCACCCCCACUACGGCUACACCCUGACACGGCAGGACGGAACGUUUGACCUGAUAGCGAACGGGGGCGCGUCCCUUACCCUGCGGUUUGAGCGGGCCCCCUUCCUGAGCCAGGAGCGCACGGUGUGGCUGCCCUGGAACAGCUUCUACGCCAUGGACACGCUGGUGCUGAAGACGGAGGAGAACACCAUCCCGGGCUGCGACCUCAGCGGCUUCGUGCGCCCUGACCCCGUGGUGGUGGCCUCGCCCCUCUCCUCCUUCUUCAGCUCCCGUCCCGGAGAGAGGCCCAUCAUCCCCGAGACACAGGUCCUCCAUGAGCAGAUUGAUGUCCCAGGCACCAGUCUGAAGCUGUGCUACCUCAGCUCUCGUGCACAGGGCUACCGCUCGCUGCUGAAGGUGACCAUGACCCAGGUCCUCGUGCCCCUCAGCCUGAUCAAGGUGCACCUCAUGGUAGCCGUGGAGGGACACCUGUUCCAGAAGUGGUUCCACUCCUCCCCAAACCUGGCCUACACCUUCAUUUGGGACAAGACCGACGCCUACAACCAGAAAGUCUACGGGCUGUCGGAGGCUGUCGUGUCUGUGGGAUAUGAGUAUGAGACCUGCCCUGGCCUGAUCCUUUGGGAGAAGAGGACCGCCCUGCUGCAGGGGUACGAGCUGGACCCCGCCAACCUGGGAGGGUGGUCUCUGGACAAGCACCACAUCCUCAACGUCCGCAGCGGGAUUCUGCACAAGGGCAGCGGGGAGAACAUCUUCACCUCCGAGCUGCCACCCAUCAUCAGGAGCAUCAUGGGAAACGGGCGUCGCCGCAGCAUCUCCUGCCCGAGCUGCAACGGCCUGGCGGACGGGAACAAGCUGCUGGCCCCCGUGGCGCUGGCGGUGGGCAUCGACGGCAGCCUGUACGUGGGGGACCUCAACUUCGUGCGCAGGGUGUACCCCUCGCUCAACACCACCAGCAUCCUGGAGCUCAGAAACAAAGACUUUAGACACAGCAACAACCCCACCCACAAGUACUACCUGGCGGUGGACCCGGUGUCUGGUGCGCUCUUCCUCUCCGACACCAACUCCCGGCGGAUCUACCGGGUCCGCUCGCUGGCGGGCGCCCGUGUCCUGGCCGACAACGCCGAGGUGGUGGCCGGCACGGGCGAGCAGUGCGUGCCCUUCGACGAGGCACGCUGCGGGGACGGCGGCAAAGCCGUGGAGGCCAUGCUGAUGAGUCCCAGGGGGAUUGCCGUAGAUAAAAACGGUCUCAUGUACUUUGUGGACGCCACCAUGAUCCGCAAGGUGGACCAGAACGGCAUCAUCUCUACCUUGCUGAGGACCAACGACCUGACGGCCGUGCGACCGCUCAGCUGCGACGCCAGCAUGGAUGUCAGCCAGGUUCGUCUGGAGUGGCCCACCGACCUGGCAGUGAACCCCAUGGACAAUUCGCUCUAUGUCCUAGAGAACAACGUCAUCCUUCGGAUCACCGAGAACCACCAGGUGAGCAUCAUCGCUGGGCGGCCCAUGCACUGCCAGGUGCCCGGCAUCGACUACUCCCUGAGCAAGCUGGCCAUCCACUCGGCCCUGGAGAGCGCCACGGCCAUCGCCAUCUCCCACGCGGGCGUGCUCUACAUCGCCGAGACGGAUGAGAAGAAGAUCAACCGCGUGCGGCAGGUGAGCACGGCAGGCGAGAUCUCACUGCUGGCGGGCGCCGCCUCCGACUGCGACUGCAAGAACGAUGUCAACUGCAACUGCUUCGCCGGCGAUGAGGGCUACGCCGCUGACGCCAGCCUCAACUCGCCCGCCUCGCUGGCCGUCUCGCCCGACGGCACGCUCUUCAUCGCCGACCUCAACAACAUCCGCGUGCGGGCAGUGAGCGCCAACCGGCCGGCCCGGACAGCAGCAGGGCGGUACGAGGUGGCGUCGCCUCGAGACCAGGAGCUGUACGUGUUCGGCGCCGAUGGACUGCAUGCGCAGACCGUCAGCCUGGUGACGGGCGAGCCUCUCUACAACUUCUCCUACGGCGCUGACGGUGAGCUGGCCGCUGUGACCGACAGCGGGAACAACACGUUGCGCGUGGUGCGGCGGGAGGGGGCGGGGCCCGGCAGCGGGGCGGGGCUGCUGCGCCUCGUCCUGCUGCCCGAGAACCAGGUGGUGACGCUGGGGCUGGACCCCGCCGGCGGCCUGCGUGCCAUCUCCGCGCUCAACCAGGAGGUGGCGCUGCUGAGCUAUGCUGGCAACACCGGCCUGCUGGCCUCCAAGGUGGACGAGACUGGGUGGACCACCUUCUACGAGUAUGACAGCGAGGGCCGCUUGACUAAUGUCAGCUACCCCACGGGCGUGGUCACCAGCCUGCACCGUGAGAUUGACCGAUCCAUCAACAUCGACAUCGAGAGCUCCAACAGGGACGAUGACGUCACCGUCGUCACCAACCUGUCGUCAGUGGAGGCGUCUUACACCGUGGUGCAAGACCAAGUGCGGAACAGCUACCAGCUCUGCAACAACGGCACGAUGAGAGUCAUGUACGCCAACGGGAUGGGCAUCAGCUUCCACACAGAGCCGCACAUCCUGGCUGGCUCUGUCAGCCCCACCAUCGGACGCCGCAACAUCACGCUGCCCUCAGACAACGGCCUCAACUCCAUCGAGUGGAGGCUGCGCAAGGAGCAGACCAAGGGCAAGGUCACGGUGUUCGGCAGGAAGCUGCGGGCCCACGGCAGGAACCUGCUCUCCAUCGACUUCGACCGGAACACGCGCACGGAGAAGAUCUACGACGACCACCGCAAGUUCACGCUGCGCAUCAUGUACGACGCGCAGGGCCGGCCCGCCAUGUGGCUGCCCAGCAGCAGCCUGGCCGUGGUCAACGUGUCGUACUCGCCCUCGGGCCAGCUGCUCGGCCUGCAGAGGGGCAGCAUGAGCGAGCGCACCGAGCUCGACUCCCUCGGCCGCGUCCUCUCUCGCUCCUUCGUGGACGGCAAGGUGUGGAGCUACAGCUACCUGGACAAGUCCAUGGUGUUGCUCCUGCAGACGCAGAGGCAGUACGUAUUUGAGUUCGACACCUCGGGGCGUGUGACGGCCGUCACCAUGCCCAGCGUGGCCCGCCACACCAUGUCCACCCACGUCUCCGUUGGCUACAUCCGCAACACCUAUAACCCGCCCGAGAGCAACGCUUCGGUCAUCCACGACUUCAGCGAGGAUGGCCGGCCGCUGGCCACCUUCCACCUGGGCACGGGCCGCCGUGUCCUAUACAAGUACGGCAAGCUGGCCAAGCUGUCCGAGGUGCUGUACGACAGCACGGCUGUCACCUUUGGCUAUGACGAGACCUCGGGCGUGCUCAAGAUGGUCAACCUGCAGAGCGGCGGCUUCUCCUGCACCAUCCGCUACCGCAAGAUGGGCCCGCUGGUCGACAAGCAGAUGUACCGCUUCUCCGAGGAGGGUAUGGUCAACGCCCGCUUCGACUACACCUACCAUGACAACAGUUUCCGUGUGGCCAGUGUCAAGCCCGUCAUCGGCGAGACGCCGCUGCCCGUCGACCUCUACCGCUACGACGAGAUCUCGGGCAAGGUGGAGCACUUCGGCAAGUUCGGCGUCAUCUACUACGACAUCAACCAGAUCAUCACCACAGCUGUCAUGACGCUCAGCAAGCACUUCGACACGCACGGCCGCGUCAAGGAGGUGCAGUACGAGAUCUUCCGCUCACUCAUGUACUGGAUGACGGUGCAGUACGACGGCAUGGGCCGUGUGGUCCGCCGCGAGCUCAAGAUCGGGCCCUACGCUAACACCACGCAGUACCGCUACGAGUACGACGGCGACGGGCAGCUGAACGCUGUGCGGGUCAACGACUGGUCGGCCUGGCGCUACAGCUACGACCUGAAUGGCAACCUGCACCUGCUGAACCCGGGAAAUGGCGCCCGGCUGCUGCCACUGCGCUACGACCUGCGCGACCGCAUCACCCGGCUGGGGGACGUGCAGUACCGGCUGGAUGAGGACGGCUUCCUGUCCCAGCGCGGCUCCGACGUCUUCCACUACAACUCCAAGGGCCUGCUGGUGCGGGCCUACAGCCUGACGCCGGGCGGGUGGAGCGUGCGGUACCACUACGACGGGCUGGGCCGGCGGGUCUCCCGGAGGACCGGGCUGGGCCAGCACCUGCAGUUCUUCUACGCCGACCUGAACAACCCGGCCCGGGUCACGCACGUCUUCAACCACUCGGGCUCGGCCGUCACCUCGCUCUACUACGACCUGCAGGGCCACCUGUUCGCCAUGGAGGUGAGCAGCGGCGAGGAGUACUACGUGGCCUCCGACAACACGGGCACGCCGCUGGCCGUCUUCAGCAGCAACGGGCAGAUGGUGAAGCAGCUGCAGUACACCGCCUACGGCGAGGUCUACCACGACUCCAACCCAGACUUCCAGCUGGUGGUGGGCUUCCACGGCGGCCUGUACGACCCGCUCACCAAGCUGGUGCACUUCACCCAGCGCGACUACGACGUGCUGGCGGGCCGCUGGACCUCGCCCGACCACGGGUUCUGGAGGAAGGCGGGCAGGGACCCGGCGCCCUUCAACCUCUACGCCUUCAAGAACAACAACCCGCUCAGCGACAUGCUGGACGUCAAGAACUACGUCACGGAUGUGAAGAGCUGGCUGCUGAUGUUCGGCUUUCAGCUCAGCAACAUCAUCCCGGGUUUCCCUAGACACACCCAUUACUUUGUGGAUCCGCCCUAUGAGCUGCUCGCCAGCCAGGAGUGCGAGAAUGCGCAGCUGAUCACAGGGGUGCAGCAGGAGACAGAUCGGCAGAACCGGGCCUUCAUGGCGCUGGAGGGCCGGCUGCUGAACAAGGAGAGGCAGAGCCGGCGGGAAAAGCCGGGCCACUGGUUCGGCAGCAGUGGCCCAUCCAUCGUGGGGCGGGGCAUGAUGCUGGCAGUCAAGGGCGGCCACGUGGUGUCGGGUGUGUCGGCAGCAGCCAGCGAGGACAGCCGCAAGCUGGCGCUGGUGCUCAACAGUGCCAUCUAUCUGCAGGGCACGCACUACACGCUGGACGGCCACGACUGCCAUUUCUUCGUCAAGGUGGGCUCGCCCGACGCCGACCUGCUGGCGCUGGGGCUCAGCAGCGGCCGCAAGACGCUGGAGGGCGGGGUCAACGUGACAGUGAGCGGGCGCACGCGCCGCGGCGCCACCGUGGAGCUCCGCGCCGGCCAGCUGACCCUGAGCGUGCGCUACGGCACCUCCGCCGACUUGCAGGACAAGGAGCGCGCGCGCCUGCUGGAGCUGGCCCACCAGAGAGCGCUGGCGGGCGCCUGGGCCCGGGAGCAGCGGCGAGCGCAAGAGGGCAAGGAGGGGGGCCGGCUGUGGACUGAGGGCGAGCGGCAGCAGCUGGUCUCCACGGGGAGGGUGCAGGGGUACGAGGGCUACUACGUGCUGCCCGUGGAGCAGUACCCCGAACUGGCCGACAGCAGCACCAACAUCCAGUUCCUGAGACAGAACGAGAUGGGCAAGAGGUAACAGAGCACCCCCCCCCCAUGCCUCAGACUCUGUCGCCCCCCGUAUCCCGUCCCUUGUCCCCCGUGCGCCCUUCUCCCCCCUCGUCUCCUACGGAGAAUAAGUGAAGCAACACACUGAACGCUGCAGGGACUUUUGAAAAGAAACAAACAAAAAAACUGUCACAGGCAAAAAAAAUGUGCUUUCUUUAAGAAGACUGACUUGAAACGCACAGGAAAAAAAACGUCCGAAAUGAAAACAAAAAAAGACUUUUUUCAAAAAAAAAAACAUUAAUUGAAAAGAAACUAUUUUUGCACCCAUUUCUUGGGAGCGUUUGUGAGGUUCAGAUGGUGGGAUGAUCUUGAGGACAAGAAAAAACUGCCUGAGGGAGCAGGAACAGUAGCCUGGGUCCCGAAAGGAGCAGCAAACUCAAUAACAAGCAAAUAAGGGAAAAUCUCACUGUCUCAGGCCACACGUCCAAUGUCACAGAACCAUCCAGCGCUGAUGCGGUCACCUCCAAGAACAGAGAACCUUUUUUUCCUUUAAAAAUAGAUCAAGUGCAGUACCCUGUUUUGAGAAUGAAAGAAAGAAAAACGACGGCUGUGUUAAUUAGGAAUGUCAGACUUGGUUACAUUUAGAUGGCACAGAAGUUCAGGAUGUGCUUAAGUUUCAUACGGUUCAACCGCAGUUUGGGAUGUACUUUAGUUUUACGUGGUGCAUCCGGAGUUGGGGAUGCGCUGUAGUUUCAUACAGUUCGACCACAGUUUGGGAUGUACAUUAGUUUCAUACGGUUUAACCACAGUUCGGGAUAUACUUCAGUUUUGCACGGUUCAACCGUGAUUGGGGAUGCACUGUAGUUUCGUACGGUUUGACUGCAAUUUAGGAUGUACAUUGCUUUCAUACGGUUUGACCGCUUUAGAAUCGUGAGACAUUUUUCACUCUAACAUUUCUGUACAGGAUAAUCAUGACAGUCAUUCCCAUAUCGAUCAAGAGUCAAGAGGAAUAAGGACCGCUGUUGAACGCUAUUUAUUUGAUGUUUUCUUUCAUCUAUUUAUUUUUUUUCUUAGUACACUAUGACAAUCAUGGAGGAGUCGCCAGUUUUACCGAAGAGGAGCUACAUCGGUGUAUGUUUGUUUUCCUUUUGUAAGAUAUGUAAGAAUAAGAAUUGUUCAUUGAAAUUUUUAUAUUAAUUUUAAUUUGCUCUUAAGCAAAUUAUAG